UGCGUGAGUCUACUUCGUCAGUAGGAGGAAUCAACGAUUUUCUAACCGAUCUCAACGUUGAGAUUUGAGAACCGUGUGUUGAAGUAUCGGUGUUGUGAUGGAGAUUCCUCCCAAUCAGACUAUUUAUGUGAAUAAUUUAAAUGAAAAGAUCAAGAAGGAAGAACUGAAAAGAAGUCUGUAUGCCAUAUUUUCACAAUUUGGCGCCAUUCUUGACAUUGUAGCAAUGAAGACUUUGAAGAUGCGCGGACAAGCGUUCGUUGUGUUUAGAGACAUUGGAUCUGCAACUAACGCGCUACGGUCCAUGCAGGGAUUCCCAUUCUAUGACAAACCAAUGAGAAUUCAGUUUGCCCGGUCAAAGUCAGACGUUAUCUCUAAGCAGGAUGGAACAUUUGUAGAAAGAAAACGAGAGAAACGGAAACCAGAUGAAGACAAGCCCAAACCAGCAAAGAAGAAGGCGUCUGAAGGAGGACAGCGACAGACCCAACAGAGAAGUGGACCAGAGCUUCCAAAUAAGAUUUUAUUUCUUACAAAUUUACCAGAAGAAACGAGUGAAAAGAUGUUGGAGAUGUUAUUCAAACAAUUUCCCGGUUUUAAGGAGGUUCGCCUUGUUCCUGGACGGCAUGACAUUGCAUUUGUUGAGUUCGACUUGGAGUUACAAGCUGGCCAGGCCAAGGAAGCUUUGCAGGGCUUCAAGAUUUCACCAAACAAUGCAAUGAAGAUAACAUAUGCUAAGAAAUAACUUGUAGCUUUUGCUGAUGGUGUACAGUUGAAUGAAUGACGUUCAUGUUCAUGUAGAGUCAAUAGCAAUGUUUGGCUGUAAGA